AUGCAGGCCACGCAGACCAGGUCGUUCAAGUCCUCCGUCGCCGGGGCCACGGUGCCCCGCACCGCGGCGCGCAAGGGUGUGCGCUCGGCCGCGCCCCGCGCCGUGCAGGUCCAGGCCAAGGCCAAGACUGUGGUCAUCGGCCUCGCGGCCGACUCCGGCUGCGGCAAGUCGACCUUCAUGCGCCGCGUGACGGGCGUGUUCGGCGGCAAGGCCGAGCCCCCGGCGGGCGGCAACCCGGACUCGAACACGCUGAUCUCGGACAUGGCGACGGUGAUCUGCCUGGACGACUACCACCUGCACGACCGCCAGGGGCGCAAGGAGGCGCAGGUGACGGCGCUGGACGAGAAGGCGCAGAACUGGGAGAUGAUGUACGAGCAGAUCCGGGACCUGAAGGACGGCAAGGCGGUGGACAAGCAGAUUUACAACCACGUGACGGGCGUCAUGGACCCGCCGGAGCGCAUCGAGUCGCCCGAGGUGCUGAUCAUCGAGGGCCUGCACCCCUUCUACGACGAGCGCGUGCGCGAGAUGUGCGACUUCAAGAUUUACCUGGACAUUUCGGACGAGAUCAAGUUUGCGUGGAAGCUGCAGCGCGACAUGGCGGAGCGCGGGCACUCGGAGGAGACGAUCAAGGCGUCGAUCGAGGCGCGCAAGCCGGACUUCGACAAGUUCGUCGACCCGCAGAAGGAGUACGCGGACGUGGUGCUGCAGGUGCUGCCCACGCAGCUCAUCCCGGACGAGAAGGAGGGGAAGAUCCUGCGCGUGCGCAUGAUCCAGAAGGAGGGCGUGGAGGGCUUCGAGCCCGUGCACCUGUUCGACUCGGGCUCGACGAUCAGCUGGGUGCCGUGCGGCCGCAAGCUCUCGUGCUCGUUCCCGGGGAUCAAGAUGUUCUACGGGCCCGACACGUGGUACGGCGAGGAGGUCUCCGUGCUCGAGAUGGACGGCCAGUUCGACAAGCUCGAGGAGCUCAUCUACGUCGAGAGCCACCUCUCGAACACCUCGGCCAAGUUCUACGGCGAGGUGACGCAGCAGAUGCUGGCCAACUCGCGCUUCCCGGGGUCGCAGAACGGCACGGGCCUCUUCCAGACGCUCAUCGCGCUCAAGGUGCGCGAGCUCUACGAGAAGAAGGCGAAGAAGACCGUCGCCGCCUAA